AUGGAUGAGGUUGUAAAUGUACUUUGUGGAUUAAGCAAAUUACAUUGUAAAGUUUUAUUUGGAGAAUCAGAAAGAUUUGAAGAAUGGUUAAAGGAAAAAGGAAUUAAGAAUAAGGAUCCUUUAUCAACAUUUUCUCGACAUUUAAUCAAUACAAAAAAUGAAUAUUUAUUAGAUAUUUGGAAAGAGAGAGUUAAGAUUACUCCAAAAGAUUUAAAACACAAAGGUGAUAUGGAAACAUCGAUGUUAGAUGUAGAAGUUGACUACUGUCCUGACUUAGCAAAUAAAUAUCUAGGAAAAAGGGUUUCUUGUUUUGACAGUGGUGAUCAUAUUAAUUUGCUAAAAGAUUUAGAAAUUAAAAUAAUUGGUAAAAAUAAGUCAGUUAUUUUAAAAUAUAAUGGUAAAGCUGUAGGUGCGGUCAUACGUGAUGCAGCAAUAAAAAAAUUAUCAAAUCAUUUUGGAAUAAAAAUUAAAUCGAUAAUUGAAGGUCAUCCUAUCAUUAAACGUGGAAAGGCACAUGCAUCUUUUGGAAAAAUGGUUGGUGACGGAUUUCGUCCCAAUCGUUUAAAUUCUGGUUAUGACAAAUAUGUUUAUAAAACUUCUAACCCUGAGGAACAAAAAAUACUUUGUGAGAAUGGAAUUACUUUGGCUAAAUGGUUGUUUGAAUUUGGAAAACAACAUUUGCACUGGUCUAUCGAUUCUUAUGAAAAAUUUAAAAAUCAAUCAGAAUUAGAUGAUAAUGAAAUUAUAGGUGCAGUAUUUUGUACUGAAAAUUAUGAAGCAAUUGGACAUAUAGACAAUGACCGGUCAGAAUAUGCUGUGGGAUAUGUUUAUGAGGAAGGAAUAGUUAAAGAUGGAUUUUUUUUUUACCCAGAAUAUGGUAUUGCAAUUGAAAUGUCGUCAAAUUCCAUUUGGUGCUGGUUGACUAAAGCGGUACAUGGUACAUCUAAACUUGACUUAAGUGAUGGUGGAACCAGGUAUACUGCUGCAAUUACUUUAUCUGAAAAAACGGCAAAAGCAAUUGAAAGAAAUAACAAUAACAUUUAA